GUGACCCUCUUUAGUGCCGCCACCUCCGACGCUCCGUAACAAUACCCAUUCAGUUUGUCGAUUCGCCCAGCAUGGAUCGUCUAGAAGCCCUCGGGACCCAACUGUCCCAAAUCACCAUGUAUGAUAUCAAGUCGAUGUACAACCAAGCCAAGAACGUCGUCCUGAACGUCAGCGAGAUAGAGGCAAAAGUGAGGGAGGCGACAAAUGACGAGCCUUGGGGCGCCAGCUCGACUCUGAUGCAAGAUAUCGCAAAUCGAACAUUCAACUACCCGGACUUCAAUGAAAUCAUGCCCAGCAUCUACGCCCGUUUUAUGGAAAAGGAAGCUCGCCAAUGGCGCCAAAUCUACAAAGCACUCCAACUGCUUGAAUACCUCGUGAAGAACGGAUCGGAAAGGGUGGUGGAUGACGCCCGCUCUCAUGUUUCCACGAUCAAAAUGCUCCGGAAUUUCCACUACAUCGAUGACAAGGGGAAAGACGAGGGCUUGAACGUGCGAAACCGUGCCAAGGAGAUUGUAGAAUUACUUUCGGACGUCGACAAGAUUCGCACCGAGAGAAGGAAAGCGAAGGCGAACAAGAGCAAGUACACCGGGGCAGGCAGCGACGGAUUAUCCUUCUCUAGUGGCGGGGGCCGAUACGGUGGAUUUGGUAGCGAGAGUAUGGGCUACGGCGGUAGUGGUGGGGGUGGGGGAGGGGGAGGUGGUUACGGUGCGGAAAGCAGCUCUGACUACUACCAAUCGGGAGGGUCCAGUGCGAUGGGCGCCAGCUCCAGCGGUGGCUUCAGAGACGACCGGCGACCGGGUGCAUUCGAAGAGUAUAACGCAGGGGACGAUGAAAUUGGUGCUCGAACUUCGUCUCCCGUCAACACUCGCUCUGCGCCAGUGCGCAAAGCUUCAGUCCCGAUCCCGGCGCCUCCCCCUGCUGCCGCUCCUCAGCCCAUUGUCAAUCUGCUGGAUGACGACGACUUUGCUGCCCCGCCGCCUGUUGCACCCAAAGCCGCUCCGGCAGCAGCUCCGGCCCCAUCGAAUGUGUUUGACGACGACGAUUUUGCUGACUUCCAGGCCGCGCCUGUUUCUCCUGUUGUUCCAGCUGCCGCUCCAGUUGCCGCGAAACCAAAUCUUAUGGACAUGCUCAACUCGGCGCCUGCCGUCCAGCCGCAGCGCAUGAGCAUGGGGAUGGGGAUGGGUUCAGCGAUGCAACCAAGUGCACCUCGAUACGGAACUCCGAUGAACUCAACUCCGAUGACGUCCACUCCCAUCGCACCGAACUACACCGGCAUGUCAGCAGCGAGGGCACCCGCUGCUGCAGCUGCACCAGCAAAACCUGCUGCUGCCUCCAGCAACUUUGACGAUUUGUGGAGCAUGUCAUUCGGAUCCACGACCUCGAAGCCGGCGACUCCGACCGCUGGGCCUGGAAAGAGUAUGAAAGAUCUCGGGAAGGAGAAAGCUGAUGCUGGGCUGUGGGGUUCGAAACCUGCUACUGCGAACACCAACACGGGCGCUGGCGCAUUCGGUGCAUUUGGCACUGGUGCACCGGCCUCGUCUGCGUCAAAUGACCUCGACGAUUUGUUGGGCUGAUGACGAAGUUUUCAACAAUAAUGGGAUUCAGAUAAUACACAGGUGUCUUCCAUUGCACUGGCCUGGUUUCGCUUUUAGGCAGUCUUCAAGCACAUCUGCGCUGAAAAAGUUGAUACCGAGAACGAAAGAUAGAGCAAUUUAUUCAUGUGGGCUGGUUCCCCAACGGAAGCGGCAUAGAGCGGGGAAUGUGUGGUGUGCGGGGCAAUUCCCGAGUCUGGUAGAAAGCACGGUAACCUUGUCUUGCCCUCCUGCUGACUGGUACCAUUUGGAUAAUUGCCCAUUAGCCAGGGACCAGGUGAUGGUCAGGUGAAACUUGGGUCAGAGUCCGAGAGUGAGCAGCAAAUGCUUGUAAGCGCGACCUGUCUAAGUUUGUAGUAGCGGGACGAACACACGGACUGGGGUGUGCUACUCGGGAUAUAGAUGAGCCAGGAUUUCAAAAGUAGUCAUCUCAGGGCCGGCUGCUCGGUCUCAAGUUGACUCGCCGAUUCCCCAGUCUGCUUCCAUCUCAGAACACCUCCCACAAGCAUAGCUACGGAGGUCCAUGAGAUCUAGCCACGCCACGAGGAGUCAAGCAGAUGACUCGCCGACGCCAAAUGCAGCCACGAAGUUCUUCGACAGACGGCUUCCUGGAGCAGCUUGACGCGACAUCCAUAGGGAGUAGAUUCCGAGACCGGUGAAAGUUGCAGUGCCAGAGAUCCGGCAGGCGAGACAGUCGCGUGGUGGUGGCUCACGUUGAGCCAUUUGGAGCCUUUCAGAAGCUGUGAAGAAGUACAAGCUUGCUGCGUGGAUCCUGGAAUCCGGCUGCGGUCAGCCUGC